AUGCACUUUUCUUUAAGAGAUAAGAAAUCAUCAUAUUUCAAGAACAUGUUAAAAUCCCAGAAAACUCAAAGUGCCACAUUCGUUAAAACACUUCACGUUUCUCAAAAAGCUUUAGAAGCUAGUUACCUCGUUGCCGAGCUCAUAUUCAAAAACCGUAAGAAUCACACUAUUGGAGAAAAAUUGAUAUUACCCGCCUGCAAAAUUAUUGUUAGUAAAAUUCUUGGGAAGGAAGCAACCAAAAAGAUUGAUAAUAUUCCAUUAUCGAACAAUACUAUCAGUCGCCGUCUACAAGACAUAUCUGAGAAUAUUGAAGAAUUUGUUAACGGAAAACUAAUUCAUAGCAAUUUUUCUAUUCAGGUGGACGAAUCAACAGAUUUUUCUUCAGAAUCUCAUGUUAUUGUAUUUGUUCGAUUUGUUGGUGAUAUGAAUCAUCAUAUUUUUGCUUCUUCUCCGAAUGAAAGGUUUCAGCUAGAUCUUGUAGAUCUAAAAAAGUUUUCAGUGUUACAACUGUUGAAAGAAAAAGUUCGUGCAAGACUGAAUAUUGAAAGUGACAUCAAAAUAUGUGUCUUGUCCUCCGAAAACUACAAAAAAGACUCUCUCUUUAUGAUCCCAGUUGAGGGCUUAAAGAUCAUUGAAGAGGAGCUUGAUACAAUCAAACCGCAUAUCACUAACAGCGACCACUCACUCGAACUAUUCUGA